UACAUAGUUGCGUGGGCACCGCUAAUCCCCCUCACUCCUGCUUGGUCUUAUUUAUCUGCCUCAUGUCCGCCAGCCACGCUUCCACUGACAGUUCACCGGGGAUGACAGUGCUUGUGCUACGAGUGCCGCUCUCCAUUAAGUAAACAGUACUCUAUUUUCCUAAUGAUAAAAAGGUGCUGUAUGAAUGGGAGCUUGUGGACAGACCUGGGGAUACAGAAGCAGAAUUAAAGGAACAGCCUAUCAAUGGCCAACCACACCCCUCGGCUGGACAUACUGUGUUAGAGAGGUGAGGUGACCAGAAAUACAGUAGCUAAUUGCCAUGGAGGACACACAGCCCAAACCACCUACGCCUGAUCCAAGCCCUGCACACAGUCCAGCGCCCAGCCCUGCACCAAGCCCACUCCCCAGCCCAGCACUGGACAGAAUUGCUCUGACUGCAGCGAACCAUGUGGAGCUCAGCAAAGACAGAGGGAUUAUCUUGGAAACCACACAGUUCUCAAACUGCAAGCACUUGAAUGUGAACCAGAUCCAAGUGGUGGUGCGGCGCUGCUCGAGUCCAAAUGUCACAGAGGAGACCACCUACUUCAUUCCUCGCAAUCCUGUUGUGGAUGCAGGCACCAACACAGACCCUCCAGUGGUCUGCUGCCCCUUGCUACACAGAGUUUGCCCUUGUCCACCAAGAGGCCUCCUAGCCUCUCUCAUAACCAAACUCCUUUUAGCUGCUGUGCUCUUUGGAGUGGUGUGGUCCAUCACAGAGAAGGAAUGCCUACCAGGGGGAAACCUGUUUGGCAUCACUGUGCUCUUCAUCUGCGCAGUCACUGGGGGCAAAUUAGUGUCCCUCAUACGCCUUCCCAAGCUUCCACCCUUCCCUUCACUCCUUGGCAUGCUGCUGAUGGGCUUCUUGCUGAGGAACAUCCCUAAGAUAACAGAUGCUGUGUACAUUGACUUCAGAUGGUCUGCCUCCCUGAGGAACAUAGCCCUAGCUGUCAUCCUGGCCAGAGCGGGUCUGGGGUUGGAUCCCUCCGCUCUGAAGAAACUAAAAGCGGUAUGUGUGCGUGUGGCGAUCGGGCCGUGCCUGAUAGAGGCCAGCACCGUAGCCCUCGUCUCUCACUUCCUCAUGGGCUUGCCCUGGGUGUGGGGUUUCAUCCUUGGCUUUGUGCUCGGUGCUGUGUCUCCAGCAGUGGUCGUUCCCUCCAUGCUGCUGCUGCAGAAGGAUGGUUAUGGUUUGGAGCAGGGCAUCCCCACCCUGCUGAUGGCCGCAGGCAGCUUUGACGACAUCCUCGCCAUCACUGGCUUCACCACAUGCUUAGGCAUGGCCUUUGCCACAGGCUCCACUUGGUACAAUCUGCUGAGAGGUGUACUGGAGGUGGCAGGCGGCAUGGUUGCUGGGAUUCUUCUGGGCUUCCUCAUCCAAUACUUCCCUAGUGUUGACCAGAAAUAUGUUGUGAUGAAACGUUCUUUCUUGGUGCUGGGCCUGUCUGUCUUCGCUGUGUUUGGAAGUGGCGUUGCUGGGUUUCCUGGCUCUGGAGGCCUCUGUACCUUAGUUUUGGCAUUCCUGGCUGGCCUGGGCUGGGGUACAGACAAGGAACGUGUGGAGGAAGUGGUGGGGAUGGCAUGGGACGUGUUCCAGCCACUCCUUUUCGGUCUAAUAGGAGCAGAGAUCAGAAUCUCGCAGUUGGAGGGACAAACAGUUGGUCUGGGUGUAGCUUCUCUGUUCAUCGCCCUAGUGGUUCGAGUUCUGUUUACUUUCGUCUGUGUGUUGUGUGCGGGCUUCAACUUCAAGGAAAAAGUGUUCAUUGCUCUAGCAUGGAUGCCCAAAGCCACUGUACAGGCAGCUAUAGGAUCUACAGCUUUGGACAUGGCUAGAACUAAGGGAGACGUGGAUCUUCAGAAAUAUGGCAUGGAUGUGCUGACUGUGGCUGUACUGGCCAUCCUAAUCACAGCACCUAUAGGAGCCCUUGUCAUAGGCCUUUCUGGACCUCGGCUGCUGCAGAAACCAAAGAGCGCUGCCUGGGGUGAGCCAGUCACACACAAUUUAUCAUCUUUUUUCUUAGCCACUGCGGCAGGAGCUGAAGGUGACACUGACACUCCUGUCACCUAUGAAAGUACACUCUGACAACAAACUAUCCUCAAACCAUCCACUGAUUAAGGACAUUAACAAAGAGACUGAGGCCAGACUUCCAUGUGCUCUAACCUCUUGGAUAUUCCCCCUCGCCACCAAGUGGCCCUCUUUGUCUCUGUGUUUGGUGUUUGACAUUUGACAGGAACACAUGAAUCACUAUUUAUAGCCUUUGGUGGUUUCCAGGCUUCAGGCUUCAAACAAAUGACCCACAUCCAAGCAUCUGCACUGUCAUACUGUAUGAACAAUACAAGUGCAAUACAUUUAUAUUUGGUCCUAAACUAACUUGCAUUCUAAACUUAUUUAGAAUGCAAGUGUUGGGCAUGAACAUUUUAUCAGAGUGGAUAUUGUUCUUGCCUGUCACAUUCACUGAAUCCACUAUUUGUUCAUUUUUUUAUGACUGCAUUUCUGUAUACUCUUUAUUUGUAAUGGUAGCACUACUCUAUGAUUUUUUAUUCUAUUGAAUGUACUGACUGUAGCCAUAUUUUACUAUUCUAAAUUAGAUUACACAACUACAAUGGUCUUAGGGCAUUCUGCACUUGGUACAGCAUUGAGCUAUGAGCAUUGUGUUUCGUGUGUAUUCAUGUGAUUUUUUUGUAUUAUCAGGUUGUCUUGAUUUGAAUAGGGUUUUGUCUAAUUUCCAAAGACUCAGGAGACAAUGCCCACAAUCACCAAUACUUUCUUCCAGCUUUCUGAACAGGCUUCUACAUAAACCAAUCAUUCUCUACAUGCAAUAUUGUGUCUUUUGAGGUGGCUCUUUGAAAAGAAUUAUUUAGGCAAUAUAUUGUACACACAAUCUUUUUGGGAUAUUUGUUGCGAAUGAAGUAGGUUCAUUUUAUCAUUUUGCUUCUUCACUUUUUGAUUUUUAUUACAGAAUUAUGCAGUAUGUGUUCAGAGUUUUUCUUGAUUGAAUUAUUAUGUCAUUCAGAAUGUCUAUGUAUUUUAGCAAGUAUUUGAUACAUAUUUAAAGACUUAAGAAUAGUUUUAUUUAAAAAGAUGUAAGAAAUGACUACAAUGCUAAAUUGUCCAUAUUGUUGAAGUUUGCAGGUGGUUUGACAUGAAAAGUAACUAUCUUGUGCAUUGUAUCUGGUAUGAUAGUUUUAUUUAUUACAGCUAUGCAACAUAUAGAAUUCUGAUACAUGUACUGGCUGUUUUAUAAUGUCUCUAUAUCAUACAACUGUUCUGUAUAUCAAGAACCACUCCACAGCUUUUAAGAUCCGGUGUGGGUUUUCUCACAACAUUGUUUGUGCUGGUAAUAAUCACAGAUAAUCACAUUUAUUUAAAUAAAGAGUUUUGUAACUA